AUGUCAGUCUCAAUAUGCCAAAAAGAGCAUCAUGGCUCCGACAAGCCCUCUGGUUCGAUUGAUAACCAGACUCCUGCAGGCUUAGACUUGUAUCCCGUAUUUUGCACCGCCAACAUCCCUUCAAAUAUACUUGAUAGGUUCAUCGAUGAGUCUACCCAAGGAUUUCUAGAUCUCGUUGGCGAUGAUGGCUUCGAAAAAAUGUCUCCCUGCAUUGUGCAAACCACCGACUUGGACGCUAUAACAGAUGACUCUCAUACGCCUAUGCCUGAAUUUGAGUCUCCAUUUCUCAACUGGAGGGACGAUGAAGUCCGUGAUUGGAUUAUAAAGCAUCCUCAUCCUAACUUUGCUUCGACAACGUUUACUAUCCUUGAUCGGGGUGCGAUUGAAAAGGGGUUAUGCCGGAUUGGCUAUAUUGACGAAUGCUGCCCUGAUGAUAGGAUGUUACGUCACUCGCCAUAUAUCACCGUACCGCCAUCUUGCCAAGAGUACCAAACUUAA